AUGUUGACGAAGGCGCUUCGGAUUUUGAAACCCAGGUCUAUUCUGGGAAGUUCUCUCCUCCGUCGAUCGGUUUGUGUCCCUACUCCGUCGCCGACGUUUUCUUCUUCCGCCGGAACUGUUUCCCGUACGACGGCUGAUGCGGCGGAGAUUGACGCCGAUGAUGCAAUUGCUUACUCGGACCCAACUGAAUCGGCGACUGCGAUUCCGCUGAUGAUGUCCGGACAUCUUCAGCCACGUGUCGUAGUGUACGACGGAGUCUGUCAUCUUUGCCAUGGAGGUGUGAAGUGGAUAAUCAAAGCGGAUAAGUACAGAAAGAUAAAGUUCUGCUGCCUUCAGUCUAAAGCUGCUGAGCCAUAUUUAGCAGUGAGUGGAGUCACUAAGAAGGAUGUUCAGAAGCGAUUUCUCUUUAUUGAAGGUCUCGGGUUGUACCAUCAGGCAUCAACAGCUGCACUUCGAGUGGUAUCAUACUUGCCUCUGCCUUAUUCAGCAUUGAACGCUUUCUCCAUAGUUCCCACUCCUCUGAGAGACUCGGUGUACGACUAUGUGGCGAAGCAUCGUUAUGAGUGGUUUGGAAAGGCUGAAGAUUGCUUGGUUCUGAAAGACAAAGAGCUGCUGGAGCGGUUUAUAGACCGAGAUGAACUCGUUGAUCGAAGCUAA